GACGGACAGCCACCCAGUUAGGCUGAUGCCAAAGCCCCUGCGGUGCUCAGUUUUUACGUUUCCAUUAAUUUUAUCCAUCACAUACCAUCGGUAAAUCGGCACACCACGACGAACUCGCAACCACCAAGACAAGGGCUUGCCCGUAUCCAAUGGAGUAACACCUAGGCGCACGUGCGUGCGUGCGCGUGUUGCGUGCGUGCGUGCGUGCGAAAGCGAGAGAGAGAGAGACCAAGGUCGAAAGCUGAGGAGGCUAGCAACGAGAACAGCAUGAAUUGAGAUAGCUGGCUGGCCUCAGCUGCAAUUGUUCUUACGUGAAGUAUGGCAUUUCCUCCUAUCCCAUCGUUUGACUCCCUUCGUACUGAAUGAGUUCAUUAACAAAUACUUGGCAUGCCAGUCCCGCACAGCCAGUACUUUCUAUAUCCAAUUCUCCAUUCUCUUCUCUUCUCUUCUCUUUGUAAACAAAAUUAUUGCAACAAUCCGGUUAUCAUCGGCCGAUAUGAGAAUUUUAUUCUCGAAAACCGGCAGCACCAUCAGAGCUUUAGUUCUCUCAUUCCUCCAGGGGCUCCAGCGGCCGCCGGCGGCGUCGAAGUUCUCGUCGGGACACCAGAGCGUGAUGACGGCGGUGGAAAGCCAGAGACGCCGCCGCAACUUCCAACUCUUCUACCACCCCUGGAGGGCUUGUUGCAGCCGGCGGAAGGAGAGCGUGGUAGUGAUCAUGGGCGCGACCGGGACCGGCAAGUCGAAGCUAUCCAUCGACUUGGCGACCAGAUUCCCGGCGGAGGUGGUGAACGCCGACAAGAUCCAGGUCUACCGCGGCCUCGACAUCACCACCAACAAGAUCCCUCUGGCCGAGCGCUUGGGCGUGCCGCACCAUCUGCUGGGGGAGCUCGACCCGACGGCCGGGGAGCUUCCGGCGGCAAAGUUCAGGUCCCUGGCGGCGUCCGCCAUCGAGGGGAUCGCCGCCCACCGGCGGCUCCCGGUGGUGGCGGGCGGGUCGAACUCGUUCAUCCACGCGCUGCUGGCCGCGCGGCACGACCGCCGGGCGGACCCGUUCGCGUCGGGGGACCGCCGGCGGGGGAGGCGGGAGCAGCUGCGGUACCGGUGCUGCUUUCUCUGGGUGGACGUGGAGGCGACAGUGCUAGCGGAGCACCUGGACCGGCGGGUGGAGGAGAUGGUGGCGGCUGGGAUGGUGGGGGAGCUGGAAGCGUACUUCGCGGCGGAGGGGGCGGAGCCGGGGCGGCACCCGGGCUUGGAGAAGGCGAUCGGGGUGGCGGAGUUCCGGGAGUUUUUCCAGAAAGGGAAAGGGGCGGCGGAGUACGCGGCGGCCGUGUCGGCGAUCAAGGCGAACACGCGGCGGCUGGCGGAGGAGCAGGUGCGGAAGAUCGGACGGCUCGGGGAGGGUGGGUGCGGGUGGGCGCUCCGGCGGGUGGACGCGACAGCGGCCGUGCAGGCCCGGCUGGGAGGGGCCGGGAGGGCGGCGGCGGCGGCGUGGGAGCGGGACGUGGUGGGGCCCAGCGUCGCCGCGGCGAAGAGGUUCCUGGAGUCGGUAGUUAGCUGAGUUCGUGGGUUCUCGCUCGCCCUUCCACUUUCUCUCAGCCCAGCCGGCGUUCUUCUGGAAAGAAUGGAAAAAGAGGUAACUUAGGAGACCAAAAAGAAAGUACGGAACGGGGGGAAAAGUCUAAAGGAAAGGCUGCGAUCUUGUUUUGUUUUAAUUAGUGUUUAGAAUUUUGUCCGCGGGGUGGUAAGGUAGGAGGAAGUCGGGGAGGAGGAGGCGGCUAAUUUUGGUGCGUUAGGAAGCCCCUGACCCGAGCGUGAGGGCCGAGUGAGUCCCAGAGUCCGGGGGCUGGCCCGCGGAAGGGACAGAGCAGUGGAGCGACGGGGAAAUAAAAAUUAAAAUAUACGAUAAAAUAAACAAUGCUGGUAUCUCAGUCAUUGUGUGUAUA